AUUCGCUCGAAAGAUGAAGGCUCUGGUGAUUCUGGUCGCUGUAUCCUGUUGCUCAGCACAGCUGGUGCUGCCGUACACGGCGCCCUGGGUGCUGCCUCAAGCGAAGCUGAUCACUACCCCUGAUGUCAAGACUGACCUCAAGACCGUUCCUUUGGUCUCCCCUUACGCCCAUCCCUUCGGACAUCCCUUCGUGGCUUCCCCCUAUGCCUUCCACCACGCUGCCUACCCCUAUGGAGCUUACCCCUACAUCCUCAACGCCGACGAUACUCUCAAGGCCACAGAGUUCCCUUACAUUUACCAAAAGCAAGAGCCAACUGUAGAAGAGCCACGUCGUCGUCGCCGCGAUGUCCAGAUCCCCCUCCCAUACCUUCACGCCGUGCCCACCGUCACCAAGCACACUGUGGAGACCAAGCAGUUCGAGCCCAUCGACGCCAACACCCCCGCCGACACCACCAAGAUCGAACUCACCACCAAGGAACACGAGAUCUCCGUGCCCGCCGUCAAGUACGUGCAGCCCGUGAUCAACGUCAAGCCCGUCACCUACACUGCUCUCUCCCACACUGUCCUUCCCUACGCCCACGCCUUUCCUUACACCCACGCCCUUCCAUACGCCCACGCUCUUCCAUACGCCCACUAUUCUGGCCUCGUCGGCGCCCCCGUCAUCAAGCUUGACGAGGAGUAA